AUGCGUGUCUCCACCGUAUCAGCUAUCAUCGGGCUCACUGCCGGCUUUGCCAGCGCGGCUCCGGUUAAGCCCAAAGAAGUCCAGAAUCGCGAUGCGGACCCCCAGUGGUACGACAUCACCUACGUUGACAAGCGUACUGAAGAGGAGAAGCGUAAGGCCGACCCUCAAUGGUACGACAUCACUUACGUUGACAAGCGGGCCGAGGAGGAAAAGAAGCGCAAAGCCGAACCCCAGUGGUACGAUAUCACUUAUGUUGACAAGCGCACCGAAGAAGAGAAGCGCAAGGCCGAUCCCCAGUGGUACGACAUUACCUACGUGGACAAGCGUGCGGAGGAGGAGAAGAAGCGCCAGUGGUAUGAUAUCACUUACGUCGACAAGCGUGCGGAGGGAGAGAAGAAACGUAAGGCCGACCCUCAGUGGUACGAUAUCACCUACGUCGACAAGCGCACUGAGGAAGAGAAGCGUAAGGCUGACCCUCAAUGGUACGACAUCACCUAUGUCGACAAGCGUGCAGAGGAAGAGAAGAAGCGCAAGGCAGACCCUCAGUGGUAUGACAUUACAUACGUUGACAAGCGUGCUGAGUAG